AUGAACGGUUCUUUUUCUUUCUCCUGUUCGAAACCUUUAGAUCAUGGAAUACUUUUGAUGGGUCAAUUUUAUCUAUUAUUUCACCAGGAAUUGCCAUUUUUCAUUGUCUUUCCUGUUCACAUCACUAGAUUCAUCAUCUACGUGAAUGGCAAACCUAUCGGGUUUACUGAGCAGCCAGGUACUCUUGUCCGCCUCAUCCGCGGACUUCGGCGUGCUUGUUGUCUACAUCAGUUCGUGUCGGUCCACAUAAAGACUGCCCAGCGCUGCGUACAUGUCGUCAGUGACGGUGGCCGCCUCUGUCGGCCUUACAUAAUCGUUUCAGCUGGAAGUCCCCUUUUAACACAAGCAAUGAUUGAAGUAUGUCUUACCGGGAUUUAUUUCCCCUUUGCCCUAUUGUUUCUCAUUUUUAUAUUAAGAAAGAGUUUAGAACUAGCUUGA